AUGACUUCGAUUAUUCGUAUGACGGUAUUGUCUGGUGGACAAGAUGAGGGCCCACCUUGCUAUUUAUUACAAGUCGAUGAAUUUAAUUUUCUACUUGAUUGCGGUUGGGAUGAAAAUUUUGAUAUGGAAAUGAUGGAACGAGUUAAGAGGCAUAUUCAUCAAAUUGACGCGGUAUUGCUGUCUCAUCCAGACUUGCUACACCUGGGUGCUAUUCCUUACUUAGUCGGAAAAUGUCAACUAAAAUGUCCAAUCUAUGCUACAGUCCCUGUUCACAAAAUGGGCCAAAUGUUUAUGUACGAUCUUUUCUUGUCCAGAAACGAUUACGAAGAUUUCGAUUUAUUCUCAUUGGAUGAUAUCGACGAUGCUUUCAGUAGAAUUACUGCAUUGAAGUAUUCUCAGCACGUUCACUUAACAGGUAAAGGAAACGGUCUCACCAUUACGCCUUACGCUGCUGGUCAUAUGGUUGGCGGUACAAUUUGGAAAAUUAUCAAAGAUGGAGAAGAAGAUAUCAUUUAUGCUGUCGAUUAUAACCACAAAAAGGAAAGACAUCUAAAUGGUUCAGUGCUGGAGACCUUGACCCAUCCAUCUUUAUUAAUUACUGAUGCCUAUAAUGCUCAAUACAAUCAAGCUAAAAGACGCGAUAGAGACCAAAAGCUUAUAUCUCGUGUCUUGAAUGCACUUCGAUCCGGUGGCAAUGUCUUGAUUGCUGUGGAUACUGCUGGACGUGUUCUUGAGCUUUCACUACUUUUAGAUCAUCUCUGGCGUAAAGACCCUGGUCUUUCAGCUUAUCCGAUAGCCCUUUUAAAUCACGUCAGCUACAAUGUCGUUGAAUUUGCAAAAUCACAAGUUGAGUGGAUGUGCGAUAAAGUACUAGUAGCCUUUGAAGAUAAUCGAAAUAAUCCGUUUCAGUUUAAGUACAUACAGUUGUGCCAUUCUCUAAACGAACUUUCUGGUCUGCCCGAGCCAAAAGUUGUUCUUGCUAGUUCACCUGAUCUGACUUGCGGUUUUGCUCGAGACUUAUUCUUACAAUGGGCUGGAAAUUCAAAGAAUUUAACUAUCUUUACUGGAAGAUCUUCUCCGGGAACUCUGGGGCGGCAUAUAUUAGACGAGAGGCCACAAUCAAUAGACGUUACGGUCAAAACAAGAGUAGAAUUAAGUGGUAAUGAAUUAGAGGAGUAUCUACAAAAAGAACGUGAAAAGGAAAAAGUGAAAGAGCUUGACGGUUUAAAGUUUGUAACUAUUGAUAGCGAUGAUGAACUGACAACUAUAACCGGUGGAUAUCAUACUGGAAAAGUUAAACGCGAUUUAAUGAUAAAGGAUGAUGACCGCCGUAGUAGUUUUUUUAAAAAAGCUGUUGUUCAUCCAAUGUAUCCAUUUAGUGAAACACGGAUUAAGUGGGAUGAAUAUGGCGAAAUUAUCAACCCUGAAGAUUUCACUCUAAUUGAUGUUUCUGAAGAAGAUAAGCCUAAAAAGGUGACACAUUCAGAUAGACACUAUUUCUUAAAUAAGGGAAAUCCUAAAAUCCCAACGAAAUGUGUAUCAUUCCUGAAGCACAUAGACAUUAACUGUAGAAUUAGCCUUAUCGAUUUCGAAGGCCGCUCAGACGGGGAAUCUAUCAGAAAUAUUCUCAGCUUGGUCAAUCCCAGGCAUCUUGUAUUGGUAAGAGGUUCGUCUGCUGCUGUUCAGGAAUUAGGUAAUUUUUGCCGGCAAUCAAAAGAAAUGGGUGUCCGAAAGGUAUUCACCCCGGUCGUAGGCCAAACGGUAGACGCCACAUUUGAGAGUCACUUAUAUCAGGUUAGGCUUCGCGACUCUUUGGUUAGUUCCUUGUAUUACUGCAAUGCUAAAGAUGCAGAGUUAGCAUGGGUUGAUGGACGGGUAACAGUCACAGCGAAGGGUCACGAGCGUUUAUUAGAUAAGAACAAUAAAAAUGAAGAUGAAGCUAUGGAUACUGAUAAUACAAGUAUAACGGAAGCGGUCGUACCAAUUCUGGAACCGUUACUGCAAUCUGAGAUUCCUGGUCAUAAGUCAGUUUUUAUCAAUGACCCAAGGCUAUCGGAUUUGAAGCAAACUUUAACUAAAGCCGGAAUUCAGGCGGAAUUUGUUGGUGGUGUGAUAGUAUGCAAUGACAAGAUUGCUGUUCGUAGAACGGAAACUGGCAAAAUUACUUUAGAAGGCGCAAUCUGCAACGAUUAUUACACUGUUCGAGAUAUAUUAUACCAGCAAUAUGCAAUUAUUUAG